UACACCUUCCUCUCUGCCUACCUUGUUAGUUUUACUAAUGUUGUCGAUGAUUAGUUUUCAUACGACUUCCUGACCGUGUGUAUAUAAUAUUAUUUUAGUGUUUGGCUUGUUAGCACCUGGGAUGGGACGCACGCAUUCUGCAUUAAGACACCCCCAGAAGAAGAUCGCUGUCAUAAGAAGCUAUUAAUAGGAGGAGCACACGAGAGUGGAAAAUACUUAUAAAUUGGAAGUAAUCGCACUCCAUCAGUUUAAUGUGUCGUCGGUUGUCGUCGUGAUUGGAUCAAAUCGACUCCACAUAAAAAAUUGCAUCUUCUUCUUCUUCAGCUCAGUCACGACGAGAUUUAUUCGUCUUCACUGGAAAUAUAAAUUCGUCAUUGUGUCACAAGUGUCCAGUAAUUCAUUCAUCGUCGUCAUUUUUGGACAAAUUCAGCCCAGUAAUUCCUUGAACACUUACUUAUUGUUACAUCACGAGCAUUAUUAUAUCAUUUCCCUUGUACUUUGGUUAGUGUAAAAUUGCAUAUACAAAUUUCUCGUGAUAAUGAGUGAUGAUUCGAUUUAUUAAAUUGUUUGUGACCCAGUGAGAUAUGACAUAUCAUAAAAGGGUGACAGAGAGUGAGACACGUAUGCAUGUAUAGUGCAGAAUUCGGUAUUAAAGGAAUGCAGAACACGGACCAAUUUGCAGAUCUGAACCGGCAGUGAGGGGCAUAGCUGCCAAUAAGCGCAAACCAGUGAUAGUGGGAGCGAUAAGUGUGUAUGGAUAAGUUACGGCAUAUGUACAUCAUCACAUUCCAAAGCUUCACUUGUGGACUGGAUCACUAAAAUUAAUUUGCAGAUUUGUGACUCGAAUCGUGUAACAACACGAUAAAUAACUCGUGUCAAACACUUAAAAUUACUCAACAUCAUCAUGCCGUAUAGUAAAACGUGUAAAUUAGUCGCCCUCGGGACCAUCGGAGUCUUGGCGAUUUUAGUUCUUGUAACUUUAUACAGUUUGAGGCCCAGCGGAAGAAUUAAAGCUGUAUCGUUAAGCAGAUUAUGUCCGAACGAGGGGGAAUUGAUGCAUCGUGAGACGAGUACGUGUUACCCAAAGGAGACGAAGGGGCCCUGUCCGAAUAAUCUGGUCCUCCUGGGAGAAAGUGGGCGCAGUCAGCAUGGCGAAUGCAGCUGCCCAUACAACCUAUUUAAUAGGACCCUCUUGUACGACAAGGCGACAGAGGAGUGCUACUUCGUCUUCACGCAGGCCUUUUGUCCUUCUGGUCAGUGGCUUAGUCUACGAAGGGAUGGGACACCCUUUUGCGAGGAGAACUAUUGCCUUCACCACGCCGCCAACGUGACUUCGGGUGACCCCGACGCCGACGUAUCACUUAAGCCUGCCGCCUCCUCCUCCUUCCAGUACGAGAACGUGCAGUGGGUCCCAGUUCAUGGGGGAGGCUGUGCACGUCUCGGAUUUGAAGAGGAGGGUUGUCCGGCCGGAGGUGUAGUCCGAUUUCAUAAGGAUUACAUCAUCCCCAGCUGCCACACGCCGCCAAAAAGGCUCAACACCAAUAUCGGCUCGAUCGGUGUCCCAGCUUCGAAUUGUCGGUUAGGAUCGUAUCCAAGCAUCAUGGGCAAGUGUCAGCCACAGUUUGAAUUCGAUUUCGACUAAACAAAAUUCCAGCAUCAAUUCACAUAUCUCAUCUCACGUCACAAAUUUAUUUCGUGGUUUGGUUUCGUGGGACAUGAAAGGGUCAAGUUUUCCCGAAUUAUGCAUCACUUAACGUAGGACUCGAUGAAGUAUCGCCAAAAUUGUAAAAAUCAGCACAUUGUUAAUCAUUUCUUGGCUCUGGGAAUUUAUUUUAAAAUUCUGCACGACGCAUUUAUCGUUGCUAAUUUUUUAAAAAUAUGCACUCCACACUUUGACAGUUUUUGGAAGGAGAUCUCAAUAAAUUUAAGAAGCCUUCAGAAAAACUGGAACUCCUCGAAGCUGGCUAAAAAAAACUCACCGUCAUUCUACUAAUCAACUUACUGACCAUAUUAGAGUUUGAUAUUUCUUCUAAAUAUAACUUUGUAUUACUGACUAAAAAUUUGUCUCCCAAAAUUUUGAAGCAAAUUCCCAGAGCGGAGAUGUGCAGAUUUUGACGAUUUUGGUAAUGAGUCAUCGAGUCCUGUGUUAAAGCUACUUGAUAUUAUUAAGAACAAUACGUGUCAUACAUGCUUUUGAGUAGAAGAGGAUGCUAAUUUUUUAUCAACCUCCUCUUCCCGUCAUCCUCCUGACGAUGACACUUUGAUUGGCAUUUGACCAUUGUACGUGUGUCCAAUUAAGGCUGUCACUCAUAAUUCAUCAUUAUCGUCACCCACAAAUUCCUGAUACAUACGUAUGCCAACCCAACUACGUGAACAUGUACCUCUUCAAACCGCAUGGAAGAAGAAAUCUCAUUUUUUUAAAAUAUUUAUACGUAACAAUUUACGAAUUAAUUUUUCGCUCCUUUUGUAUACUGCACCCCAAAUUUUAUUACUUUAUUCUUCCGAAUAAUAAAUAUCUUUUAACUAGUUAAUUAAUUAUUUAAUUAUUAUUAUUAAUUUCUCAAUACUUAAUUAGUUUCUCUACAUAGUUUUUAAAGCAUAAGUUGAUUUUAAAUGGUAAAUAUCUAAUUAUGUAUGAAUAAUGAUUAAAUGUAAAACGUUAUAAAUGUAAGAAUACAAAAAAAUAAAAAUUUGUAAAAUAAAUCUUUGUGUUCAAAACCUUGAAUUUUGUAUAAAUAAAUAAUAAUAUCGCUUAAAUUCACAUCAAAAUGUUUCAUUUUUUGGGCAUAUUAGCUGCCAAAUGAGGACAACGAUACAAAUACAACAUUCAUAAUAACGAGUAAUAUCAGUCGCCAUAUUUUUGGAGCACAA